AUGGGAAGUGGAAGAGAUAGAGACGACCCUUUAUCGUUUACUAGCAAUCCAUCAUCGGCGUCGUCUCCGGUCACUGUAUCUGAUUAUCUCGACAGCUUUCUCGGCGAACCCACUUCUCGGUCCGGGAGUUUUCAGAGCGAGAGUUUGCUCGGCGGAGAGAGCAUUAGCGACGCUGAUUUCGGAUUCGCUCGUCCCGAUUUCCGAUCAGAGCAACUCGCUGGAACCGUACAGUUUUACGAGAGGCAUGUUUUCUUGUGCUACAAAAAGCCCUCCGUUUGGCCCGCAAGGAUCGAGGCCGCUGAGUUCGAUCGAUUGCCCAGGCUACUCUCUGCGGCCGUAUCGGCCAGGAAGUCUAGCAUGAAGAAGGAGACUCGGCUCACGAUAUGUGAGGGCCAUGAUGGAACAGAGACAUCCAAUGGUGAUGUACUUAUUUUCCCUGAUAUGAUCAGAUACAGAAGGUUGACUCAUUUUGAUGUGGACACAUUUGUGGAAGAGGUGCUUGUGAAGGAUGGUGAAUGGCUGCCUGGAAAUCCUGAAUUGCUAAAAGGCUCAUAUGUCUUUGUAUGUUCCCAUGGAUCCCGAGACCGACGAUGUGGGGUUUGCGGGCCAUCGCUGGUUAGUAGAUUCAGAGAAGAACUUGAGUUUCAUGGUCUUCAAGGUAAAGUGUCAGUUAGCCCAUGUUCUCACAUAGGUGGUCACAAAUACGCUGGGAAUGUUAUCAUCUACAGAUCAAACAUCAACAGGAAAGUCACAGGACACUGGUAUGGGUAUGUGCAACCAGAUGAUGUACCUCUUCUCUUGGAGCAGCACAUUAACAAAGGCGAGAUUGUAGACCAGCUGUGGAGGGGUGAAAUGGGUCUAUCAGAAGAAGAUCAGAAGAAAACUCAGGAACAACAGUUUCAGCUAAACGGUGCAGUCCAUACAGUAAAAGGCAUUGGGAAAAUGACUCAGGAAUCAUCUGUUCACAGCUCGAAUGUUUUGUGUUGCCAGUCCCGAGUUGCAGAACCUAAUGGUUGUUGCCAACAAAAUGGGAACAGCUCCUCGUGUUGUCAAGACACAACUCUGAUGUCUCUGGAGACAAAAGAAGAUAAUCAACUUGAGAGUGAAAACAACACUGAGAAGCUCACACCGGGAAGGAAAAUUGCGGACAAGACUUUCUUCAGGAUAAAUAGUGAGAAAGGAUCUACAACACGUAAAGUUUGUGGAAUACCAACAUGGUUAGAGAGCUGGGAGCGAGAAGAUACAUAUGCCGCUCUUGCUGUUGUUUGCGCUGCUGCUUCUGUGGUUGUCGCCUAUACUUGCUACAAACAGUUGUAA